GGCUCAGCCUGGUGCUGUGCUCUCCAGACGGGUGCACCAUGGCCACCAGCCGCACCAUGAAGUGCCUCGUGCUGGCCGUGCUGUGCCUGCAGCUCACAGAGGGGAUGGUGAGGAUCAAGUUGAAGAAAGGCAAGUCCAUACGGGAGAAAAUGAGGGAGGCAGGAGUGCUGGAGGAAUACCUGAAGAAAAUUAAGCACGAUCCAGUUAAGAAAUAUAACUUCAGCAAGAACAACGUUGUGUAUGAGCCGAUGGCCUCCCACCUGGAUUCCUCCUACUUCGGGGAGAUCAGCAUCGGGACCCCCCCGCAGAACUUCCUGGUGCUCUUCGACACCGGCUCCUCCAACCUGUGGGUGCCCUCCACGCUCUGCAACAUGCCGGCAUGUGGAAACCACGCCAAGUUCAAACCCAGAGCAUCCUCCACUUUCAUCAACAAUGGGCAGAAAGUUACGCUGUCCUACGGCAGUGGGACGCUGACAGUGGUGCUGGGCUACGACACACUGCGGAUCCAGACCAUCUCAGUCAGAAACCAGGAGUUUGGGCUAAGCCGGGAUGAGCCCACCCAGCCGUUCUACUACGCCCAAUUUGAUGGGAUCAUGGGGAUGGCUUACCCUGCGCUCGCGGUUGGAGGGGCGCCCACCCCCCUGCAGGGCAUGCUGCAGCAGAACCAGCUCAAACAGCCCAUCUUCAGCUUCUACUUUUCUCGCAAUCCCACCUACAACUAUGGAGGAGAGCUUGUGCUGGGAGGAGUGGACUCUCGGCUGUUCACUGGGGACAUCGUGUGGGCACCGGUGACCCAGGAGCUUUACUGGCAGGUGGCGAUCGAUGAGUUUGCUAUCGGACAGUCGGUGAUGGGCUGGUGCAGCCAGGGCUGCCAGGCCAUCGUGGAUACAGGCACGUUCCUGCUCACUGUGCCCCAGCAGUACCUGAGCAGACUCCUGAAGGCUGUGGGUGCCCAGGAGACCAGCUAUGGGUACGCAGUUGACUGCAAUGUGGUCCACAGCUUGCCUACCAUCUCCUUCAUCAUCAACGGGGUGCAGCUCCCACUGACCCCCUCUGCUUACGUCCUCAAAAACAAUGGGUACUGCACCGUUGGGAUAGAAGUCACCUACCUGCCAUCCCAGAACGGGCAGCCGCUCUGGAUUCUGGGUGACGUCUUCCUCAAGGAAUAUUACAGCAUCUUCGACAUGGCGUACAACCGCAUCGGCUUCGCCAAGUCAGUGUAGAGGAGUGGGGCAGCAAAAUGCAGCCCCCUCUGCUCUGAGCGAGCCUUGCUGUGGGUUUCCUAUGGGCCUUUAUAUUCUUUUACGUGCUCUCUGUCUCUCCGAGGUUUCUGUGUAAGGCUGUGCUCUCAGUCUCCUGUUGCAAAUAAACUGCAGAGCCUCAGCGCUCUCUGAGCUGA